AUUUUUACUCCGGUAGUGUGUGUUACCCGUUUUAUCAUUUUAUCACUUUCAUCGUGCCCAGAAUGGAUCGUUUUCUUGUAAUUACGGCUCUUGUUUGUGUGCUUGCUUGCACUUUACCUGUAUAUCGUACCUGCGGCACACGGCCUAAAUUCACCAUCGAGAAAAUUAAUCAGAUCCUGGAUGAAGCGAAACAAUGUAGCCACAACGGAACCCUCCAUCUGAAUGGUUACGGGAGCCCUGCGAAGCCUGACGGGUAUCCUGCGGCGGAAUUGCCACCGUUAACCGAAAUUUUUCGAGCUCCGGAAGGCGGAACCGUGGUGAUUCCCUGCGACAACCGCGUCAACCAGAACAAUACUCAGGUUUCUCACGUCAAGAUUCCACCGGCGUUUCUGAAAGACGGAUAUCACGUUUCUGUCCCAACUGUCGACACAAUCGCAGGCCCAGACGCGCCGAGGAUGAGUUUCUACACCUGCAACUGCGCAAAAGCAUACGAUCGCUUUGUGUGGGAGAACAGGACGGUGCGAGAGUACGACCUGGCAACCGGCGCCUUCUCCAUCCACCUACCCGCUUUCUCACACGUCCACACCGGUCUGUACGAGUGCCUGCAUUCCGACGGCCAUCAGCUGGUGGUGACGCAGCGCUACUGGGUCACGCCGCAGCUCUUCCGCAACGAAGUCUUCACGCCGCCCAUGAAGAACGUCAGCGUGCGCCUCGGCGACCCGGCGGAGAUGGCGUGUGUAGUGCGCUUUUUUGCCCUGCCCGGAUUAUUAGGCGACCGGUUUUUGUGGCGCAAGGGACAACACUUGCUCUACGCACAUUCCGUCAAGGACUUCGCCAGUAGAGCUGCAGAUUUCAAAGUGCGCUUUCAGUUCGGCCUGUAUGACCAGUGCUCGUGCAACUCGACCAUGAAGAUUGACCGCGUGGGUCGGGAACACGCCGGACGCUACGAGUGCUGGUUCCGUACCAACGAUCGCCUCGACGAAUGGAUUGUGCAGGAAGCGUAUCUGCACUUAGUUUAGUUAAUUGGAGGAUUUCUAGCGGUUUAUAAAUUAGAAUUUCUUUUUCUUCUGUUAUAUAAGAAUCUAGGAAUAGUUUUUUCGGUAUUUGAGGUAAUGAGUUACAUUUGUUGGAUUCCACUAGAAAAAGCUCACGCUUUUGUUAGUUUAACUGUGGUGCUGUUGAGUGUUGAAUUCAUUUUUUGAUUUGGCUGGGAGCCUGGAAUAGAAGUUACUAGUUAUUGCGCGUGUUCAGAGAAAGAAUCAAUGAUGUUUCAGGCUUUCGGUU